GUGUCCCUUGCACUCGAGAAGCGCGACGCGUGUGUUGCUGGGCGUCCAGCGGGUCCCUUCCUCUCGCUCCCCUCCCGCGCAGAAAGAGUUAAAAGGAGCAGCUGAGAGGUUUUUUGGGGGGUGACGUCGUCUUGCUUCUGGCCGUCUGAGGAGUCUCUUGAAGGUAGUUCCCCCUUCUGAUGAUGAGGGGAGCCGAGCCGAGGUCUGAAAUCUGAGAGCCUUCACAGAAGCACCACUUGCAGAGGUCCCAGCAAAAGCUGUUCGCCUGCCUGCCUCCCUUGCCUUGCCUUUCCCUGAGCAGCAGCCACCCGCUUGCCCUGGGCGGCCUGACUCUGAGCAGCAUGGAGAGAGCACCCUGGACCCACCUGGGACUCGCAGUCCUCUUGCAGCUCCUGUUCAUUUCCUGCUUGCCAAGAGGGUAUACAGUGAUCAAUGAAAAUUGUCCGGGAGCCGAAUGGAAUAUCAUGUGUCGGGAGUGUUGUGAGUACGAUCAGAUAAAGUGUGUGUGCCCCGGGCGAAAAGAAGUGGUAGGUUACACUAUUCCGUGCUGCAGGAAUGAGGACAACGAGUGUGACUCCUGUUUAAUCCACCCAGGCUGUAUGAUUUUUGAAAACUGUAAGUCCUGUCGCAAUGGAUCCUGGGGAGGAACGCUAGACAACUUCUACAUCAAGGGCAUCUACUGCGCAGAAUGCAGAGCAGGCUGGUAUGGAGGAGAUUGCAUGAGAUGUGGUCAGGUUCUGCAGGCUUCCAAGGGUCAGAUCUUGUUGGAGAGUUAUCCACUGAAUGCCCGCUGUGAGUGGACUAUUCAUGCUAAACCUGGUUUUGUUGUUGAGUUAAGGUUUGCUAUGCUGAGUCUGGAGUUUGACUACAUGUGCCAGUAUGAUUAUGUGGAGAUCCGAGAUGGGGACAGCAUUGAUAGCAGGAUAAUUAAGCGUUUCUGUGGGAAUGACAGGCCUCUCCCAAUCCGAAGCACAGGGCCUUCUCUCCAUGUUCUCUUCCAUUCAGAUGGUUCCAAGAACUUUGAUGGGUUUCAUGCCGUCUUUGAAGAAAUUACAGCUUGUUCUUCCUCUCCAUGCCUGAAUGACGGAACCUGCAUCCUAGAUAAAAUUGGUGGCUACAAAUGUGCUUGCCUUGCUGGCUAUACUGGGAACCGCUGUGAAAGCUUGGUGAUGUGUAGGACUCCAGGUGCUCCUGCUCAUGGUUUUGUGGAAGGAGAUGACUUUAAAUACGGGUCCCAGGUUUACUUCAAAUGCAACGCAGGUUACACAUUGAAAGGCAGCCGUGUUGCCGACUGUCAGCUAGAUGGGAGCUGGUCAAAACAUCAUUCUGAAUGUGUCACAGAAGAUAGAAACUGCUCUGAUCCUGGUGCUCCACUCAAUGGGUACAAGAAAAUGAUGGACGGUACUGCAUUGAUGAACGGCCGGUAUGCAAAAAUUGGAGCAGUCAUUACAUUCUUUUGCAAUAACUCCUAUGUUCUCAGUGGCAAUGAGCAAAGGACCUGCCAAGAUAAUGGAGAAUGGUCAGGAAAACAGCCAAUUUGCAUUAAAGCUUGCAGAGAGCCAAAGAUCUCUGACCUGGUGAGACAGAAAGUACUCCCUAUGCAGGUUCAGUCAAGGGAAACCCCUUUGCAUCGGCUCUAUUCGUCGACUUUUAACAAGCAGAAGCUGGACGUAUACCCAACCAAAAAACCAUUACUACCAUUUGGAGAACUACCUCCAGGAUUCCAGCAUCUUCACACACAGCUUCAGUAUGAUUGCAUUUCUCCUUUCUAUCGUCGUUUGGGAAGCAGCCGGAGAACCUGUCUGAAAACAGGGAAGUGGAGCGGGAGAGCUCCUUCAUGCAUUCCAAUCUGUGGAAAGGCAGAAAACACCACUGUUCCAAAAACAUCCUCAACCAGAUGGCCGUGGCAAGCAGCCAUCUAUAGGAGGCCCAAUGGGGUGAAGGUUCCCAGUCACAGAAAAGGGGCCUGGAUAUUGAUUUGCAGCGGGGCCCUUCUAAACGAGCGCACAGUCGUGGUGGCAGCCCACUGCGUCACCAAUCUGGGGAAGGUCACGGUUCUCAAAGCAGCAGACAUCAAAGUUGUUCUCGGCAAGUUCUACAGAGAUGAUGAUAGAGACGAAAAGACCAUACAGAACUUGCGGAUUUCAGCAAUCAUAGUUCACCCUAACUAUGACCCUAUCUUGCUCGACUCUGACAUUGCUCUCAUUAAACUCCUGGACAAAGGGAAAAUCAGCAGCCGUGUCCAACCCAUAUGCCUGGCAUCUAUACGCGAUAUCGAGCCACCCGCGGAUGACAUGCAGAUAAUGAUCACUGGCUGGAAGAUCCUGACAGAUGUUGCCGAUCCGAGCUACAAGAACGACACCCUCCGCAUGGGGACUGUUCAGAUGGUAGACUCACUGUUGUGUGAGCAGCAGUAUGAGGAAAACGGCAUCCAGGUCAGCGUCACCGAGAGCAUGUUUUGCGCCAAGCAGCACCCCACCGCCUUUUCCAACAUCUGCCCUGCUGAGACUGGAGGCAUUGCAGCUAUAGCUUUGCCAGGAAAAUCAUCUCCGGAGUUAACCUGGCAUCUCAUGGGGUUAGUGAGCUGGGGCUACGAUAAAACAUGCAGCCUAGAACUCUAUGCCGGCUACACCCGAGCCAUCCCUUUCAAAGACUGGAUUGAGAAGAACAUGAAAUGAAACACUCCCUCCACCCUCCUCUCCAUUUUUUUUUAAAUGUUAAAUAUAUUCAUUUCUCUCACAGUCUCUGAUACUUUAGAUUUGUCACCCCAUUGAUGGAACACCUGUGGAAUAAAGGUGAAGCAGGGGUCUCAGCAAUUUGAUACAGGCUAGCUAUCAAGAGGGACGCAGGUGGC